UUCAGUUAUUAACUCACUAAACUUAUCUCUUACCAACUUGACUGGUUAACAAUUUGAAAAUCUUGAAAUCGUUAAUUCAAACAUUUAUUCUUGUUGCUCCAUCGGUUAAGUUUAUCGUUUAAUCUUUCUGUUAAAUCACUUGAAAAGCAACAAUUUUGUUACAAUCUUAAAACAACACAAUGCCCGGAAUUUGUCAUCGGUGUGAAAAAACGGUCUAUUUCAAUGAGGAAAGAAUGGCCAUUGGUAAAUCAUUCCAUAAAACAUGCUUUGUUUGUGCAAACAAAGGUUGUGGUCGACGUCUUGACAGUGGUAACUUGACCGAGCACAAUUGUGAUGUUUACUGUCGAUCUUGUUAUGGUAGAUUGUUUGGACCCAAAGGAUAUGGUUUUGGUGUUGGAGCCGGAAUCUUGGGAACAGAUACUGGAUCUAAAACUGUUGUUGAAACAGUGAAAACUGUUGAACCAAUCAAGAAACCAUCAAACUCGGUCUCUUCUACUCCAUCACCUCAACCACCUUCAUCCACCGAAGCAAGCUCUGGCUCAACACCAGUUUCCUCUGGAACCAGCAGUCCAACCUCAGACGAAGCAAUCUCAUUAGAAUCAGAUACACGAAAGACUCCUUCACCUGUUGAUGUAAAAGUAACACCAAUCAAUGAGUCUUCCAAUGGUUUGGCUAAAACAGUUAGCAAUAGUUCAAUCAACAGCAUUGCAAACGGAAUUGCUGCUAAACUUAGAUUCGGCGGAUCUGAAAUUUGCCCAAGGUGUAAUAAGGCUGUUUACAUGGCUGAGAGGAUGAUGGGUGGAGGAUCGGCUUGGCAUAAAACAAGUUGCUUUAAUUGCAAGGAGUGUCACAAACGCUUGGAAUCAACAACUCUUUGUGAAAAAGAUCGAGAAAUUUAUUGUAAAAAUUGUUAUCGCAAAAAUUGGGGACCCAAAGGCUAUGGUUAUGGUGUUACUGCACUUCAAUCUUGCAAAUAAAUUACUAACAAUUAAUCUAAACAAUUUUCCUAUUUGAAUCAGAAUGGGUCGAUGAUUAUACUGGACUUUAUUGCAUGGAUUCCAAGACUUUGAAUUUAUUUUAUUUUUAUCCUUUACCAUUUAUUGUUAUUAAUUGAACGAUAAUUUGGAAUGAUUUGAUCACAACAAUUGCAGUUAAAUUGACCUCCAUUUAACUAACUGAUUGUUUUGCUAUUUGUUUGCUAAAACAUUUCAACUUGAUGUUUGAUUGUUAUAUAAAAUGGACUAAUCAAUUUUUGAAAUUCAACAUUGUUCUAACAAUAUUAUAUUUGAACUUUUUACCCUUUAUUUUUACAGACUUUCCUUUUUCACAAUUUCAUGCAUUUCCAAUUGAAUUUAUUAUAAUUAAUAAAUUAUUAAUAAGCUA